AUGGGUGGGCCACCGAGUAUAUUAAACACGUCCGCGACGCCUUACAUCAAGUCAUAUAAUCAUCAGUCUAUCUUGAAUCAAAUCACGAGUCCAAAGCUGGCUACAGAACGCGAUGGACUGCUACCAAUUAUUAGUAAUGGGUUGCGCUCAAAUUCAUCCACAUCAUUUGGACCUCGCGGCUCAUCUUUGUUAUCAUCUCCGGCACCUGCAAGUCUCAGCUCAAAUCUCCGAAGUCAGGCAUUUUCAAAAGUAGGCCCUGGCCUCGACGUACUACCCAUCAUGAAAGGGUUCGAAAGAACAGAGGAUGAUGGUAGGACAUCGGAUCAAGCUUUAGCCAAUCUUCGAGAAUCGUUAAAUCGAGAAAUGAAAAUCAAAGAAGGAAGCGAAAAUAUGUUGGAGGCCUUGAAUACAAAAAAAGCAAAACAAACAAAAGAACAAAGAUUACGAGUGGAAGCUGAGCUGAACUCUUCAAGCUUGAAAAUAAAGGAAUUAAAAGAAAAAAUAUCGAAAUUUCAAAAUUCACAAGCCUCUACAUCUAUAACAAAUGAUCCUCCAAAUAUUGGCCCGCAAAACGGGAUAACUCCGCAUCCGCUGAUGGGAUCUGAUGAAGGUAUCACUGGUCUAGGAUUCAAUAAAUCGAGUGAAUCGCCUACCUACGUACUUGCCGAAAUCCUUCAAGCCCUUGAAGUCGAGGGCCUCAAACCUGACUACUACAUCAGUCAUGCAAAUAACCUCGUCGAACUCUUCAAGAGUUAUCCCACAUUAAAAUAUGAUCUAGCAUGGCCAGUAUUUGGUCUCCGGAUGCAAGUAAUGCUGCUCAGCGAAAGUCGAGAAGUUGUGGCUGCAGCAUAUAGAAUGACUCGAUAUGCUAUCACAGAUCUAGCGUCCCUUCACAGAGUAAGAUCACUUAGUACCGACUAUAUCGUAGUUCUGUCCCUUGCCAAAGACAAAAAGGCUGAUGUUGAAAGAGAGCAGGCUCUCAAGUUCGUACGCUCCUUCCUGGAUGUCAAGGACGGCGUAAGGGAGAUCUCUAAGGGAGUAAUUAGAGCUAUUGCUUCGGUUGCUGAGCACACAGAAGACCGCUUGAAAUUUCUUUGUAUCGAAACUCUCGCUGAAAUCUUAGUUAAGGAUCCAUGUUUACUUGUGGCAUCCGGAGGCCUAAGGCCACUAGCUGAUGCACUAGGGGAAGGCAAUUAUCAAGCGUCACAAAGCCUUGCCGCGGCGUUUCUAUAUCUUCUUGACUCACCGCAGCGGAGGAAAUAUCUACGACCGGGAUGCGAACUAGAAGUUCUAUUCACCGCAUUCACUGAUUCUCUUUCAGCUAAAGAAAGUAUAUUGAAGCAGAACGCCAAGGCAAUCUCGUAUUCCUUGAAAUCUUGGCCAGGUCUCAUGACCCUAUCUAUGUACAACUUUAGAGCACUACGAUCCUUGAUAUCAUGUCUGAUGAUACGGAAUACAUCUGUCCGAGAAACAGUUAUUGAUAUCCUUUACUCAUUACUUCGCAUCAAGCCACCUUUUUGGGCAACCUCGUUUUUAGCUGGUAGACGACUGACAACGUACGGUCGAGUUGCUACGAUGAAAGCAAGCUCUCAAAGACUUGUUCAACUACCCGAGGAGGAGCCAUGUGAUAAGAGCUUUGUAGAUCACUAUACUGCUCUACUUUUGGCUGUAUUGAUUUCAAUCGACCUUCUCCCAGGUCUUUUACAAGUGACUCGCGAUACUGAGAACUCAAUUCUUAAGCGAAAAACGACCCUUCUCAUUGGCGAAGUUUUAAAACUCGCAAGUAAUCUUCUUCCUUCCAGCUGGAGUUGCAAUUUACAGCUUCUCCCAGAAUUAUUCGCGGCUGCUUCCAACUUUAACGAUGAAGAGCGGUUUGAUGCUACUGGUACUGUCUACCAAAUUAGCAGUGUCAGUAGAACUCUCUACCGCUCUGCUCCUUCUACUGGAAUAUUAAAUAGUGCCAACAGCGAGAGUAGCAACAUAACAGAAAUUCGUGAUGAACUGCCUAAAACAACCCCAAAUCCUAUCCUAGAUGAGACUACAUUCCGUCAGUAUCUAAUUGAAAGCCAGGUUCUGUCUAGUACCAACCCAUCAAAAUGGAAAUGGGAUAUAAUCCUCAAAAUCAUCGAGGGUCCCUUGAUAAACGGCAAACGCCUUGACGAGGCCAUAAAGGCAUCAAAGUUUAUUAAGCGUAUUAUGAGCUUCUAUAGACCUUUCAAGUUUAAAUUUUCAGACAUCAAGAUUAAUCGUUCGUCUUUCAAGUACGUAAGAGUAGGGUGUGCACUUAUGAACACACUUCUCCAAACAGCUGAAGGCGUCAAAUAUCUCUCAGACAACAAAAUGCUUCGCCAGGUAGCUGAAUGUUUGGCUCAAUGUGAUCCAACUAGUGGUCUGACGGCUCAAAGUCCAAUGUUUUCUAGAGAAAGGCUACAAGAAACUUUGUGCUCUGGAUAUUUUGCACUACUUGGAAUCAUGACCAGGGAUCCUAAAGGUUUACAGAUAUUAGACCGAUGGAGAAUGAUGAAUAUGAUUUAUCACAUUAUUGACCUCCAAGAACGUCCUGAUAUGAUUAAACUUGUUCUAUCUAACUUUGAUUAUUCACUACUAGGACAUCCUCGAGUACUUUUAUCGAAAGCCUUGACUGCAGGAUCGAAAGAAAUUCGUGUCUUCGCCACUAACGUCUUGCGUAAGUUCUCUAGCAGGUCACGAAAUGACGGUAAAGCCAGUCAAGGCAGUAGCGACUCUAAAUGGGCAAUACAACUACUCGUCACCCAGCUUUAUGACCCAGAGGUAGAGGUAUGUGCGACUGCAAUUAAAAUACUUGAAGAAGCCUGCAAUCGCAAGAAUGAUCUUAAAUAUAUUGUUGAGUGUCGACCCGCCUUAGAUCAUCUCGGAGAGAUAGGUGCACCUUUACUCUUAAGAUUUCUCUCAACUUCGAUUGGAUAUCACUAUCUUGAUGGUUUGGACUAUAUUAGCAAUGAAAUGGAUGACUGGUUUCUUGGAAGAAAUGAAAAUUAUGUCGGGCUUAUCGAAGCGAGUCUUGCCAGAGCCUUUAUCGAAGUCUCGGAAGAAUCAACUAAUCAAUUUAGUAUUGAUACGGAUAACAUUGAACUAGAAGGCGACAACGACCCUCACGUGCCACCUCACUUCUACCGAGAAUUGACGAGGACUGUCGAAGGUUGCAAACUAUUGCGUGAUAAAGGUCACUUUGAAGAAUUUGCUUCUGCGAUCCGAGAAUACGGAAUGCUCUAUGACGACUUAGAACUUGUUCUCAAAGUCAAAGGCUGCCUUUGGGCGGUUGGUAACGUAGGUUCUAUGGAGCUGGGCGCCCCUUUUCUUGAAAACUCGGAUGUCGUGCAGAAUAUCAUUAAAAUUGCUGAAUCACAUGAAAUAAUGAGCCUUCGAGGAACAGCAUUUUUCGUAUUGGGACUUAUUUCACGAAGUGUUCAUGGCCUAGAAAUACUCUCUGAACACGGUUGGGAUAGUCAUACCACUAUAAUGGGUGAUUCUCUAGGGCUUUGUAUUCCGACUAAUCUCGGUAAAUUAUUUUCCUACAAGCCAUGGAGGCACGAAACAGUAUCCGACAUAAUUAUGACAAAACUCCAAAGUAAAGCAGUAUUCACUGCCAGGCAUGAUGAAGACAGGAAUAACCAGACAAUUCUGCAGUUAGUAGUCGACUUAGGAAACACAGUAUUACAGAAAAAGGCAAUGAUGGACUUGAUGCAACAAAAAGCACGAAAAGCACCUGGAUUUAUGCAGCCAAUUAUGUUCCAGAAAAUAAUGAAAUUGCUUGAAUCCCACCAUUACCGGCUGGGGGUGCGGCAUUUUGUAGCGGAAUUAUUCGACAAAAGUGUGCUCAGAAAAGUAGUCCUCGACACAAACUACACCGAUAUUUUUCCCAGUGUUCUAGGAGAUAAUGAUGAAGGUGAAGUAUUAGUAUCAUCAAUCGAAAAUGAAGUAAAAAUAGAGAGAUAG